AGGCUUUAUUAUCAGUGUGGGGCUGUGCAAAUGGAGGAGUGAGUCUGGAUUGCUUCCGAACUGGGCAGGCAGGGAGCUCUGCCAGGCAGGCAGCUGCCCUGCUGUUUAAAGGACACCCACACUCAUUUUUUCUUUGCAAGGGGUGUGCGUGUGUAUGUGUGUGUGGGGGGAUCAGGGGCUCCCCCCCAGACAGGUGAGCCUGGAGACAUUUUUCUCUCCUCCCAGAGGCCGGGGGGAGGGACUAGACAGGGAGGCUGAGCAAUAACAUGACACAUAAAGGGAUGGGGGAGAAAGCGCUGGAGAGCAGAGGGAGAAAGGAGGCUCCUGUGUGGGGCAGGGGAGCAGCCAGCCGAGCCCAGGCUUGCGGGAAGCCUCAUUAGGAGACAGAGCAAGAAGGGAGGCGUCGAUCAGCCAGGGGUGGGAGGAAGGGGCGCUAGGUCCUAUCCAAGGCUCGGGGAGAGCAGAGGGGCCAGUAGGUUAGUCGGUGACUAGCCAGUGCAAAAGCUUUGCUUCCCCCAUCACCCCCCGGCCCCCAGCUAAGAGCUGCUCGGUGCAUUUCUCCCCUCCCCCCCCGCCCCGCUUCAAGAUGCCCAAUUUCUCCGGGAACUGGAAGAUGAAGCACUCGGAGAACUUCGAGGAGCUGCUGAAAGCUUUGGCUUCCCUCGCCAGUGCCCUUCUCACACCAAGCCCCCUCUCCUGUCUGAUCUACCAGCAGGAGACAGUACAUGGUGGCAAUGAGUUCCAUAGGCACGAGUGUGGGGCAUGCGGCAUUGCUGAGAUGCACAAGAAUUGUCUGGUUUCUGCCCCCCUGAGCCUGGCCAAAUGGGAAAGUGAGAACAAAAUGGUCUGUGAACAAAGGUUGCUGAAAGGGGAAGGGCCCAAGACCGGCUGGUCUAGGGAAAUGACCAACGAUGGAGAACUCAUUCUGACCAUGACAGCCGACGACGUGAUCUGCACACGGAUCUACAUCAGGGAGUGAUACGCCCCGCUGGGCAGCGGCGGGUACUCCUGGCACCGCCGCCUUCCCGCUUGCCAAUUGCAGUCUCUCCGCUGACCUUCAGUAACCAUUCCGCUGGACUCCAGAGUAUCCCGUUUACAUGAUGCAGGCCAGCGGCACUGCUCCACUUCAUAUUCCACUAUCAGCCUGUCUCCUUCCCCCUCCCGCUGCUCCUCCCACAGCCUCUCUUUGUCCAUGCAGCCCACAGAGCAAUGUGAACUCCUCCCAGGCCCUCGUCCAAGUGGGUGACACAGAGGGUCACCAUGUAUCCACCCCCACCUCUGCUAGAGAUGACGCUAACGAAGCUGUCACUCCCAGCCACAGGGGAUUUGCCUGAUUUGUGCCAAGAUGGGUAAGGGGCCCUCUCAGCCAGUUCACGGUGGGCUCUGGAGAAUGCUCAUCUUGGUCUGUGCUCUGCUCGGAGAUGACCCUGAGCCAAAGCCUGCUUUCCAUCAGCUUUGGUGGGCUUUGGAUCAGGCCCAUGUCCUGAGCAAACCCAGCCGUGCCUUGAAGUCACGGGAAUCAGGAUGUGAAUUAGCAGCCCAGGGCUUGCUGGGCAGAGGGUUCUGCUUUGCCACUUCUUACCGAUUUUUGGGCUCCUGGAGUAUGAGCCAGGUUAUGACAAUGAGGGCCACUCCGCACUGAUUUAGCCACCAGCUGCCAAAAUGCUUGGCAGUUCUGAGAUGCGUCUGCAUUUCCAGGUGCUGUAUCCCCAAGACCUGAUUUUGGGUUAUUCCAUUCCUGCAAGUGAAGCUGAGGUGUGGGGGAAUGGGUUCAGGUGGCUUUGCCCUCCUCGUAUUCUGGUGCUGUGCCCAGCCCACGCUGUAAGUUAGAGCAGCCUUAGGGCUGCUCUUCAUUGUCCUCUGCCCUCAUGGCCUCCCAAAUGCAGGGAGUACCUGUAGUGCACUGCACACUGGCAAUACCCCCAAUUUCCUCUUCUCUGGGAGCAGGGCUAGUGGAGACCCCUUACCCCUGUGGGAGGCCCACUGGCAGUUGUACUAGAGGCAUGAAUUUAAACCGGCACAGACCCAUUGGUGCAUGCUUUCAAACCAGAAUAAGAGUGUCCACACGCAGGAGUUUGCCCUGAUUAAAGUGAACUGGUUUUAAAACCGAUUUCAGUUCAACUGGUGCAACUUUCCUGUGUAGACAAGAUCUUCAUUCCCGUGGGACAAACAGCUUAGCAGCAGUGCGCUGAGGAGAUCAGAUUCCCUUCUAGAGUGGGU